AUGAGACUCGAAGUCGCCAAGAGGUUCGAGCAAGUCGGCUCAGUACUUGUCCAUGAUCUCCAGCGCAUUCUGGAGAUGGACGCUGGGUACGGCCACAGCACUCCCUUCAGUCAGACCGUCUCCCAGGACAAGCUCUUCGCUAUCGAAUCCAAGAUGGCCAUCAUCAUCCUCUGCAUGAACGAAAAGCCCAACGUCAUUGACGACCUCUUCGCCGGCAUCCCUCACGGCUGCACAAUCAUAUUCGUCUCCAACAGCAGCCGAGGAGAACACGGCGGAGUCGACAACUACAGAAUAGAAGUCAGUCUUCUGAAGAACUUCUGCCGCCUGACAGGACGCCAGGCCAUCGCCAUCCACCAGAAAGACCCAGCCGCCGCGGAAGCAUUCGAAGCCGCAGGCGCACCCGAUCUCAUCGACCCAUCCACUGCCAUCCCAACAAUCCGCAACGGAAAGGGUGAGGGAAUGCUCAUGGGCAUGACCCUCGCCGCCAUGCAGGGCUGCGAGUACCUCGGCUUCAUCGACGCCGACAACUACAUCCCCGGCUCCGCCUUCGAGUACUGCAAGUCCUUCGCCUCGGGGCUCUACCUCGCCCAGUCAGCCGACGCCAUGGUCCGCAUAUCCUGGGGCUCGAAGCCCAAGUACCGCGACAACGAAUGGGUCUUUGAGCGCCGCGGGCGGUGCUCCGAGGUCGUCAACGGGUGGCUGAACCGGCUCCUCGAGGAGAUCUACCGAGAAACUGGCAACGACAGCACGUACACCAACAUUAUUGAGACCGGCAACGCGGGCGAGCACGCAAUGACAAUGGCGCUGGCCACGAAGAUGGAGAUGGCCGGUGGCUUCGCCGUGGAGCCGUACGAGUACAUCUUCCUGCUGGAGCAGAUGGGGAAGAGCGGCGAUGCGAAGGCUGCGGCCGCGAGUCUGGUGCACAUCCACCAACACAUGACUCGCAACCCGCACUUGCACGACAACAAGGGCACUGGCCACGUGGGGGAUAUGCAGUCCCAGGGGCUGAAUGUGAUCUACCAUUCGCCGCUUACUCCGGAGGGGAUGAAGAAGGACUUGCUGGAGGAGAUGAUUGAGAAGGGGUUGCUGCAACAGGGAGAGACGCCGAGGAAGGAGAGGGUGUAUCCAGCCAUCAAGGAUUUGGACUUGAGGAAGCUUGACAGAGUGUUUGAAAACGCCAAAAGGCUUCAGAUAAGCACACAACAACCACAGAGGAAGACCUGGCUUUGA